UAAUGAUGGUUCUGUAAUCAGAAUGAAUGUAAAUAAUAAUUUAUGUAGCUUAAAAUUUGUAGAAAUAUAACAUUGAAAUACAUUUCAGUUAGUCUUUCUAAGUAGGAAAAGAUGGGUCGCCGUUCGAUAAACACCACUAAAAGUGGGAAGUAUAUGAAUCCCACUGAUCAAGCACGUAAAGAAGCACGAAAAAAAGAGUUAAAGAAAAAUAAAAAACAAAGACAAUUAGUGCGAGCUGCAGUUUUGAAAGGCAAAGAUCCAGCUCAAAUUAUUGAAGAAAUGGAAAAAAUAGAUCAAAUGGAAUACAAUGUAAUGCAACCACCACCUCUGAAUGAAAAAGUUUUAAAAGAUAAACGAAAAAAACUAAAGGAGACUCUAGAUCGUGUCUUAAAAAUGUAUGCAAAAGAUGAUCAAGAAAAAUGGGCUGAAUUAAAAGAGCAAUUAAUACAAUAUGAACGUAGAAGGAUAGAUUUAGUUUCAUAUUUUGAAGCUGUAAGACAUGCACAACAGGUGCAAGUUGAUGAAAUUCCUCUACCAUCAGCUGGUAAUGACAUAUCCCGAAUGUAUUCAGGUUCUCUAACUUCACAAAUACCUUUACCUGAUAUGCCUCAACCACCAACACAUAUUUAUCCUCCUCAUCCACACUAUAUACCACAACAUCAUCCUUUAAUGAAUAUACCCAUACCACCAAGUAUUUUAAAGAAAACAAGUGCAUAUGCAGCAUCUCCCUCCAUGCCCACAUUAGCACCCAACAAGGAACCACCUGGAGUACCACCUUUUCCUCCUCCAGAUUUAUCAAGUGACGAUGAAGAUGUACCUGAAAAGGCUAAAGAUCAAGCACCAAAAUCCAGGACAAUACGAUUUGCAGAUGAUAAAGAAGAUAGUAAGCAAGAAUCAGACAGUAAAGAUAAAGAAACAGAUAAAGACAAGGAAAAAGAAAGAGACAUGGCUAAGGUGAAACCAACUACUCUACAGCAGAAAAUGUUGGCCAUGGCAGGACAAGAUAUCGAUCAGUUCAUGCGCGAAAUGGAAGUUGUUCAUAAAAAACGAGAAACUGAACGAGCUCAAGAUCUUAAUGCUCGGUUAUCGUUACUUGAAGAAAAUGAAUCUAAUUCAAAAUCUAAUAACAAAUCUACUAAUAAUAAAGCAGAAGAAGAAGAUCUUGAACCCCCAGGAGCAUCGGAUCAUUCUUCAAACCAUAAUCAACAUACAUCUUCACAUUCUCAUUCUCAACAUACCCAACCUCAUACAAUGCCUCCUAUGGGAAUGCCACCUCCUCCUUUAAUGUAUAGACCACCACCACCACCAUUACAUUUAAGAAUGCCUCCACCACCACCACCUCGCAUUGGUCUUCGACUACCUCCCGGUCCACCACCAGGAAUGCCAAGAAUGUUAAGACCUGGUCCUCCAAGUAUGCCUAGAAUGCCACCUCCACAAAUGCAAAUGCCAAAUUUAUCAAAUAUGUCAAAUAUAGGAAAUCCUCAAAUGCAGGCACAAUCUGCAACUGGAUCACAGCCAAAAACACCUAAUGUUCUUUCUGCUGCACCACAACUAAUUAAUAGAAAAGAUAAAGAUGGCAAAAGUACCACAACUAUUGAAGCAAAACCACAAAUUAGAAAUUUGGCUGCUGAUGUUACAAGAUUUCUUCCUACCUCUCUCCGUGUAAAAAGAGAUGAUAAGAAAAAACCAAGUAUUUUAUCUAGACUUUCAGAAAGAAUACCAGAAACACAACCAAUACGAACUUCUCAACCUAAAACUAAAGAUGAUGCAUACAUGCAAUUUAUGCAAGAAAUGGAAGGAUUACUUUAAAUUUAUAUUAUAUUAUAAUGCCAUUUUAUUGAGAUAGAAAAUAAUUAAAUCUUGUAAAAUGUG